UCAAUCAGAGUUUCAGACUCUUCAAGCUUUCGGAGCUCUAACUAGCUAAUAUGCUAACCCGCGAACAUUCAUCUGAUUAAUGGAGGAGAAACAAAACAAAACUAACAAUGGAAAUAAACCCGCAACGAGUAAGAAGACGCUACAAUAAGUGAUGGGCAACCGAGAAGGAAGUUUUUCAACUUUUUAGUCUGUGUCCCAACCGCUCUUAGCCACGCAAGGGCUAACGAGCUGCUAGCAGUUUAAAAAGUUUCUGAAGCUGUCCAGGAGUUAGACGGAACCCUUUCUGGAGCUUUUGACGAGACCCAAACAAGUGCGGGAUUUAAGACUUGACCCAAGACCGUGAAGGGUGUGAAGCACUCUGGUACCGUCUGCCCUGUUCGGGAUGGCGGAAGAAGCCGAGUCCAAGGAAGCGGCAGAGUUUAUUAAAGACCGGCUUUACUUUGCCACAUUACGCAGCAAACCCAAAAGCACCGCCAACACCCACUACUUCUGCACCGAUGAUGAGUUCACCUAUGAAAAUUUCUAUGCAGACUUUGGGCCUCUGAACUUGGCAAUGUUGUACCGAUACUGCUGCAAGCUCAACAAGAAGCUAAAGUCAUUCACGCUGACCAGGAAGCGAAUUGUUCACUACACUAGCUUUGACCAAAGGAAACGGUCCAAUGCUGCGGUGCUGAUCGGAGGCUACGCUGUAAUUUACCUGAAGAAAACCCCAGAGGAAGCCUACAGAGCCCUGAUAUCUGGAUCCAACGCCUCAUACCUGCCCUUCAGAGAUGCUUCCUUUGGGAAUUGCACCUUCAACCUCACCGUGCUGGACUGUCUGCAGGGAAUCAGGAAGGCUUUGCAGCAUGGCUUCUUUGACUUUGAAACAUUCGACGUGGAAGAAUAUGAACACUAUGAGCGUGUGGAGAAUGGAGACCUGAACUGGAUCGUCCCAGGAAAGUUUCUGGCCUUCAGUGGACCUCAUCCGAAAUCUAAGGUAGAAAAUGGUUACCCAUUGCACGCUCCUGAGGCUUACUUCCCAUACUUCAGGAAGCACAAUGUGACCACCAUCAUCCGCCUGAACAAAAAGAUCUAUGAUGGCAGGCGAUUCACCAACGCCGGCUUCGACCACUACGACCUUUUCUUCAUAGAUGGCAGCACGCCCAAUGACAUCAUCAUUCGUAGAUUCCUGCACAUCUGUGAGAAUGCACAAGGAGCUGUGGCUGUCCACUGCAAGGCUGGUCUGGGCAGAACGGGCACUCUGAUUGGCUGUUACCUGAUGAAACAUUACCGCUUCACUGCCGCCGAGGCCAUCGCCUGGAUCAGGAUCUGCAGGCCGGGUUCUGUAAUCGGCCCGCAGCAGAAUUUCCUUGAAGAAAAGCAGGCGGCUCUCUGGUUGCAAAGUGACAGCCAGCUCCCUCAGAAGGGGAAAAUGGAGGACAAGACAACGCGUCUUAUCAGCGGCAUGGACGAACUCUCAUUAAACUCCACCCGCAACAGCAAUGUGCCCCGCUCGCUGAGCUCUGACCAUCUUCAAGAGGGUGAACUGACGGACAGUUCAGGUCUGACGCAGGGGGACAAACUUCGAGCCCUGAAGAGCCGACGGCAUCCUCGUUCAGCUAUGACCGGACCCGUGAGAUUUGAGGAGACAAAUAUUCAAAGCCACUCAAGUUCACAGCCCCUGAGGGCAUCUAUUGGGAGCAGCCAGAGUCCCGCCUCAAUUCUAAAGCCCUCCAAGUUUGCAGCAUCCUCUACUUCUGCUGCUGCCAAGAGGAUUGGGAGGAACUCGUUAUCGCCGAUGACAAAUAUUCGAAGCUCAGCUUUUGGCUCGCGAUUGGCCAACUCUCUCGGAGAUCUUUAUGGCGCCGACAUCGAGGAGGAUGAGAAGACUCUAUUCUCCUCUCUUCCGCCUUCCUCUUCCCCCUCCGUUUCUGUAAGCUCCUCCCCCUCUCUUCUGGCCCCACCCUCUCUGUCCAACUAUGGUAGUGGGCCGCGCAGCAUGCAACACGAGGUCAACAACAACAGUACCUUGUACAGCGGUUCUGUGGCACCCCCUGCCAGCAAGGGUUAUAUGAGACCACCGCAUCAGGAUGCCGGUGGCUACAGGGGCCACGGGCCCUACAGCGCCAUGAAGGGCCCCUCAGGACGUUACCUGAGCCGCUCCAUACCUUCUCUUCAGUCGGAAUACAUCCAGUACUAAAACGAGAAGUUCGACCUGAUUAUCUGAACCACCUCCCCAUCAUCACAAUUCCCAUCUGAAUGCUGCUGAAUGCAACGGUUUUAAAAAGGGAAACAGGAUUAACGAGUGAGAGUUUGUCUCUCUGGACUGAAUGUCUUCCCAGCUCCGACUGUAUUUAAAUGAACCUGUAUAUAAAUAUACACGUGUUUUGCUGAACAUGUAUUUUACACUAGAGUCAAAUUUUAUAUUUUAUAUUUUGUUGUGGAAGAGGAAAUAUUUUUGUUUAAUGACAUCAAGUAUUUUUGAGGGUUUGUUUUUUGAUAAUUGAGGAGGGGGGUCAGCUGAUGGCUACUCACCCCAUCGCCAUGGUUACAGUAUUUACGUCCAGUCCGAUCAGUUCAGUUGCCGAUUUUCCUGCUGAUGGUACUGAUCAAUGUUAAGGGGGGAGUUUUCUGUUUGACAGCAAAAAUGAAGAUGCAAGUAGAAGGGACCAGAUGAGGCUGUCAACAGCUUAACUCAGGGGACUGAAGGAGAAUUCAGAGCGUUAAGACGCCUUAAGAAAGCUUUAAAGUUCAGCUUUUAGCAGUAAAAUAUAACAACUAUAAUGUAAGGAACUUAAUAUGAAGCAAGAUAAGAGUACAGAACAACUCAGGUUGUAAAUUGACACCAACUCAAAUAGUACGAAGGAAUGUAUUCUCUUCUUAUGCAUAUUCCAGCACAUCUGGAAAACUAAAACAUGCAAUAAAAUAUGUAGAACUUUUCACACAAUUUACUCUUUAAUAUAUAUUUUAGUUGCCUUGAAGACUGGAGACAUGACCAGAAUUUUUAAGUGUUUUAUUGAUGCAUUCAGACUGAAAUAUUUUAUCAUGAUACACCAGCAGCUGCCUUUAGAGGGCGCUUUAGUACACUCAGCACAUGUAAUGUUCUAUAACAUGACUGUUAUAUUUUAAUGAUCUUGUUUACUAAAAGAGCUGUCAUAAAAAAAAAAAA